AUGUCGGUCUCUGCAGAGCAAGUUGUUCGAACAUGGGAGACAACGGCCCAUCAUCUAGAAAAUUCUGUGAUAGCGCACCUCGAUUCUUGCUCUGGCUUGGCUCUGCCUGACUUACACACCCACGACCCAGCUCAUCUUCUUUCUCAGAUCGAACAUCAGCUCCAUUCUUUCGAUACACUUAUCAUCAGCCGCCUCAACGCAGCCCGCUCUUCAAUGGCAUGCUUUCGCAAUCGACUCGCGUCUCCCAUCCAUCGACUCCCAGACGAAAUCCUGUCCAGGAUAUUUGAUUACUCAAUCAACCUCUACGACAUUGAACAAUCCCACCAUCUUUCAUCCCAAUACCGAACCCAAGUCAUCUACCGGAACCUUCAUACGCUACUUGGAGUCUGCUCGGUAUGGCGGCGAGUCGGUAUGUCUCAUUGUGCACUAUGGUCACUCGUACCCGUCGUCCGGAACAGGAACGAUCGCUUCAUGUCCACGGCAGCCCAGCUGAGUCUCGAGCGAGCGUCUGGGUCCAAGCUUCACCUGGUCGCAGAGCUCAACAGGGAACGGCUCGAUAUGGAAAACUACGUACGGGAGAUGUUGACUGAGUACGGUCCUCGUUUCAGCACGAUCAACUUACAUUCAGACUCGAUGGCUCCCAUUCGAGUGGCGGUCCGCAAGCUUGUCAAGAGCGUACGCAACGCAUCUAGCUCUUUGACAGGGUUGUCGAUAUGCCAUCAUCGUCCUGACAAGUUCAUGGCACGUGGAAUCGACGAUAUCUACGGCCAAUCCGAUCCAGACCAGGAUGACUUUAACCGGUUGCUGGAGCCCCUCCGGGUACUCCGACUUUGUGGACUGAAGAUUCAUUUCGGCAGUUUAUCGUUCAGGAAUCUGACCGAGCUUCGGCUUCAAGACAUGUGGGCGGGACGUACGGUCGAUGUGCAGGACUUCAUCUGGUCUCUUUCUUCGGCCGCUCAACUUCGUCGCCUUGAGAUCAUAUCGAUACUCAACCACCCUAAUCAGAUCAACACGACUCCUCGCUCGUAUGAUUUUCCCAUCACGCUCCCAGCAUUGGAGGUGCUGUAUCUGGAAGAUUUGUUCAAGGACUUGCUCGAUCUGAUACUAGAGUCAAUAGCACCAGGAUCCCACCAUACCACUCUGCAUCUCACGGGAAAGUGUGUCAGAACAUACCCACCUCGCGACAACGAAGUGCUCGGUUUUCACGACUCGAAGUUGGGCAACUUCAAAAUCGACACCUUGAUGAUAGGACACGACCUUGGCGGCCAUGGUCCGGCACUUCGGCCACUGUUGGAAAUGCUGCCGACCAUCAAAACGCUAUACAUGGACUGCCUGACUCUGACUCCUUCGAACCUCCGACCGUUGAUCAACCAUGCGGGUCCUGGCAAGCCACCAGUGAACUUCCCGAGGCUGACAAAGCUGUACAUCGGGCAGUCGUUCUUCCCCGACAUUUCUGGUUUGCACAGUCUGCAGGAAGUGGUUGCGAGCCAUCCGAUCGUGGAGCUCGGGCUGGGUGUGGGGCUGCGCGAAUUUACCGAGACCCGGGAUACGCUCCGCCAUAUCCAAGAACCUCACGAACAAAUGGAUCCUUUCCGGGAAUGGUUUUUGAGCACGGUGCCAAAAGUGGUUUGGUUACCUGCGGGCGACUCGAUGAAACCGUAUGCACUCGAGUACGAGAGCGAGGUGUGGCAACUCUGA